AUUUUGUGAUUAUAUGAAACUCAAACUAAAAUGUAGCAAAAUCAUGAUAUAUGAACAAGUAAAAAUGUUUAUUAUAAAUAGGUGAGUAAUUCAUAAUCUAAUGUUUAAAGUUCUUGGAUAUCGAUUUAAAUAGGUGAGUAAUCCAGUGUCCACUUAGGUACUUUUUUUGAUUCAAAGUAAUUGCCUAAAUAGUUGAGUAACUGAUAAUCUAAUGUUUAAAGUUCUUGGAUAAUCUAAUGUUUGAACCGAAAAAUGUAAGUACUACCGAUCCUGUAAGUGGACACCGCUAAUAAGAGCCGAUCUCCUCGGAGCGGCAGCAGGAGGGACGGGAUCUCGGGAUCUCGUUCCUCCAUUCUAGUCUAGUUUUUAGGGUCUAGGUCUAUCUGUUGUGGUGCAUCGUUGGGUAGUGGGAGCGGUUGCCAGGAGAAUAAAUCUUCCUCAACGCUAAGUCUACGAGUAGUUGGCAAGCGACACAAUAUCACAGCCAUCUACGCAGCUACAAGUAUGCCACCAAUUAGAUUUUCUCAUUUUGCAAUGUUUUAACUAUGUUCCAAACUAUAUGUAUUAGUUGUUGUUGAGAGAUGUAAAUAUAAAGUAUUAUAGGGAAUAUAUUGAAAAGUGUGGCAUGUAUGUAAACAGAGUAGAGACUAGAAGGGACUAGUUCUCCCAGGAAAAAUCCCCAAGUCGCUUGAAGCCAUGUUUAGAUGAAACCCCCAAAUCAACCUGAAAUUCCUCAAAUCCUUUUCUUACAAGACAACAUGGUAUCAGAGCAAUUAGAUCCAGUGCGAUUCUAGUGUGAUUUCCCUUUUUCUCGUCAAAUCGCGGUGGUGUGUCGCCGUCGUAGUCGUUCAUGAGCAGGGGGAGUUGUCGUUCCGGCCAGCCAGGGGUUGCCCCGGACGGGCUGCCGCACAGCCGGUGUCAGUCGUCAUCCACGAAGCUGCAUCGCUCAGUCGUCCUCGAGUUGUCUGUGGUGUGGUCGAUAUCUCAGAGCUCCAAGUUUGUCCUGCUGCUCCUCCUUGCAAUUUGAGUCUGUACGUGCUGCUGUGCCUUCCAUCGAGUUGUGCCUUGCCUUGCUUGCUAUUUGUCUCCAAGCUACAGAGAAGCAUAGUUAUCACUUGUAUUUUUCACAUCUUCUGCUGACCCGCUCUAGUGUGCACUAGUGUGUUUUAGCUCACGGGAUUAUGGGUGAUGCUAGUAAAGACAUGAUGGGGGACUCUAGUAUUGAGAAACUUUGUGAGAGCAUGCAGAAAGUAUUUGCUCAGUUCAUGGGAUCCAAUACUACUUCUGAAGGCUCCAAAAUUAUUUUGGAGCAGAAUCCUGUCAAGUUGUCUGGACCAGGGGAUUAUUUCAGUUGGUGUCGUCAUGCUUCUCUAAUAUUAGGAUCACAUGGUCUCCUUAAGUUCCUAAAAGAUGAUGGAGAGAAAUCAGUACAUGGGGAUGCAGCGCAAGAGCAGUGGGAACAAAAUCAACAACGUGUUAUGGUUUGGUUGUUGGGAUCCAUGGAUGCAUCAGUGCGAGAGCAAGUUGAGAACCUUCAGACUGCAGCUGAAAUUUGGAAUGAAAUUGAAAAACAAUUCUCAGGAAAGUCUAACAAGAUGCAAGUGUGUAGGAUACUUCAUGAGAUGAGCUAUAUCAAGCAAGAUGAAAAAUCUGUAACGGAGUAUGCAGGGGAGCUAAAGAAGCUAUAUAGGGACCUUGAGUUCUUCCGCCCAUUUAAACCACAUGAUCCUAGAGAUCUAUUGCUUCUUCCCCCGGAGUGGCCAACCUUGGAUGAGACUAUUUCUAGCAUUCUUGAGGAAGAAACUCGCCUAACACAUCAGUCACCCACAACAAGAGAUACUGAUUCUCGUGCAGCUUUGUCGCUUCAUACAAUGCCUCGAGCUGCUUCACUCUCGAAGUUUGGUAUUCAGAAAAGGGGUAAAGGAGUAUGUGAACAUUGUAAGAGGCCAGGCCAUAUAAAGGAGAACUGCUACGAGCUGCAUGGUUUCCCUGAUCCUAAGUCAUUUUGUGAUCAUUGCAAGAAGCCCGGCCAUACUAGAGAUGGAUGUUAUAAGCUGCAUGGUUAUCCAAAUGGGUGGCAGCAAGGGAAGUUCAAUUCCAAUAACACUCGACCGAGUCAACAGAACCGGGCACAUCAGUAGAACCGGGCACAUCUCACUACUUCUACAGGUGAAUUAUCAGGCUCAGCUGCACAAGCUCUCGAGGAAUUCAAGUCAAAGCUCAUUCUCGCUGACAAAGAUGUAGCCACAGCAGGUCCUUCUAGCUCUAUCUCUAGUUUCUAUGCUGGUACAUAUACAGGACCUGAAGACGGGGAGACUUCUUGGGACUGGGACAGAGCGUGAUGGGCUGUACUACCUGGACAAUGGAGCUGGUGCUCUUGCUCUUGCUGCUUGUUCCUCCUCUAAGGAUGAGUUACUUCUGUAUCAUCGUAGACUAGGCCACCUAUCUUUCGAAGUUAUGUCUCGAUUAUUUCUGUCCCUUUUGUCAUCUUGCUCUCGAGGGAAACUUGUGUGUGAUGCGUGUGAACUAGCUAAGCACACACGAUCCACCUACUCGAGUAGUGGAAAAAAAAGUAUGUCUGCUUUUGAGGUUGUUCAUUCUGAUGUUUGGGGCCCUAGUGAUACCCCAUCAAUUUCUGGAUACCGCUGGUUUGUGACCUUUAUUGAUUGCUUCAGUCGAUGUACUUGGCUUUACUUGUUAAAGCAAAAGAGUGAUGUUUUUUCUACCUUCCAA